GGGGCGAUUCUUCUCGGCAAGGCUGCAUCAAUACCGAUCAACGGCUCUCGGGAAGCUGGACCACUCGACGACGAUACCGAAAACUAUCGGCUCCCGGAGAAUGUGCUUCCGACGAGGUACACUCUCAGGAUCGAGCCCAACAUGGAUCCGGAUCAGUUGACGUUCAAAGGUGAGGUCGAAAUCGAGAUUAAGGUCCUCCAGGAAACGCCGAAGAUUGUGCUGCACGCUGCGAGUCUCGACAUCGAAGAACGUCGCACGGAACUGCUCCAUGCGAACGGUUCGAAGGUCAACGUGCCAAUGACGUUCGCUUUGGAUGAAAAAACGAACUUUUACAAGGUUGAUUUGAACAGGAGCGUUCCGAGCGGUCUUUACACAUUGAGAAUGAAAUAUCGCGGAAUUUUGCACCGCGAUAUGCUUGGAUUCUUCGCAGAUUCGUACGUCAACGAGAAAGGCGACGAGGUAUGGUUCGCAGCGACCAUAUUCUCACCUACGACUGCCAGACGAGCGUUUCCGUGCUUCGACGAGCCAUCGUUCAAGGCAACGUUCAAAAUAUUCAUCACUCACUCCGACGCUUACACGGCUAUUUCGAAUAUGCCAGUUGCCAGCAAAACGAAGCCUGCUGGUGAUGCGACCAAGUGGGUAACCGAGUUCCUAGAAACACCGAAAAUGUCGAGCUUCCUCGUGGCUUUCAGUGUCUCGGACUUUGAGCAUCUAUCCAGUCCUGACGGAAGGUUCAGAGUCUUUGGAAGAAGCGAUAAAAUUCAUAUGGGGGAAUUCGCUCUGGCCAUGGCCCCUAAAGCACUCGGGGCGAUGGCGAACUACACGAAAAUCGAUUUUCAACUUCCGAAGUUGGAUAGCAUCGUCAUACCAGAGUUUCCUGGAGGUGGUCUGGAGAACUGGGGCCUCAUCGAGUACCGGGAAAGUUGGAUAUUGUAUGACGAGAGUCACACGACCACUGAGAACAAGCACGACAAAGCUAAGACACUGUCGCACGAGUGUUCCCACCAAUGGUUUGGAAACCUCGUCAGUCCGUCAUGGUGGUCCUUCAAUUGGCUUAGCGAAGGACUCGCUACUUACUUUGGCUACUGGAUCACCGACCAGAUCGAACCAUCCUGGCGGAUAAUGGACGAGUUUGUGACAAAAGUUCUCCAAGAAAAAACACUCACUGCUGACGCUGAUAACGUGCAGCCUCCCAUGGACCUAACGGAAAGGUUUGAUGAGCCUGAUGAAGUGAUGGGAAAAGCUUUCAACUCUGUGACUUAUUCAAAAGCUAGCUGCGUCAUUCGGAUGUUCGCACACGUGCUCGGCCCAACCGUAUUUCAAAUCGGACUGCAGAAUUAUUUGAAGAACAAGAGCUAUCAGGCGGCUACUUCCGAUGACUUGGUCAGAGAAUUAGCAGCAGUCGGUCAAGACAUUGAGUUCCUGGACAAAGCACUGGUUUCCUGGAUCACACAAUCUGGUUACCCGGUCGUCACAGUAACGCGAGAUUACGCAACUGGGAAUGCUACAGUAUCCCAAAGACGAUUUUCAACAUCAGAAAGCAGGGUCCGAAAUGGGCAGUGGUUUGUCCCAAUAAACGUCGUUACCGAGGAGAAACCUUCAAGUUUUUCACAAACCAGGCCAACCCAUUGGCUUCUGAACGAUACUGAACCGCUGACACUCUCGGGGUUGAAAAACGACAGCUGGAUCAUCCUGAACAGCCAGCAAACUGGUUACUACCGAGUGAAUUAUGAUGCCAGGAACUGGCAGUUGAUCAUCGAUUAUCUGAUGAACCCAAACACGUUGAAAAAUAUCGACGUACUGAAUCGAGCUCAACUCUUGGACGAUGCUUUCUAUCUUGCUGAUGGUGAUGAACUUCCGGAUCAAUCAACUUUCUUAGAAAUGACGAAGUAUCUUCAGCACGAAGACGAUUACGUUCCAUGGUACGCGGCUCACCGUGCCUUUAAAAUUCUCGACCAUUUUUUGAAAAAUACUCCAUCGUACGAUCUCUACAAACUCUACGUACAACGACUCACUUCAAAAUUGGAAGAAAAGUUAGGCUACUCUGAGAACGACGAUGAAACUGACGAUGUCAAGUUGAACAGACUGAAAGUGAUCGAAGUGGCAUGCGCAAUGGGUUCUGCCAAGUGUCGUACUGCCACUCAUGAGAUGCUGCUUGAACACGUGGUCAAAUUCAAUAAAACUUCAGCUGACCUUCAAAGUGUCGUGCUCUGCGCAGGAAUGCGAUCAGUGAACAAAGAAGAGUGGGAAGAAGCUUACAAUUACACGACCCAAAUGCUUCGAGAUACAGACGAGCACCGAGCCCUCGUUGACGCACUUGGUUGUGCUUCUGAUCCUGAGAUUCUCAAGGAAUAUCUUGGAAGAGGAAUCUUCGAGGAGUCUAACAUUGAUGCAUAUAGAGCCUUCGAAGCAGUGUUAAAAGGCGGCGGCAUCGGUGUCGAUGCCAUCUUUGCUUUCAUCAGGGACAGAUUUCAAUCCAUAAUGAGUAACUAUGGUCCGCGCUUAGUGAGAGGGGCUCUUAAUCAGAUUGCAGGUCGAAUGACAAACCAAGAGCAAAUGACACAGCUGCGAACUUUUAUCGAUACGUUGCCCGCUGAGCAUAUGGAACUGGCGAACGCCUUGAGGGAUUUAGCAGCUAACGAAGCCAGAUGGAGCAUCGAGUAUGCGAUUAAUUAUGGAAAAGCUGCGGUGAAGUUUCUGAGGGCACAAAAUUUGACUGAAAAACUACUGUUGAUACUGAUAAGAAAAACGGAAUUUUCUGUGGCGCGGUGUUAUUGUGUUGAGAGUCGUGAGCUAGUUUGCCACAGGCUAUAUAUAUCGAGAUCGCGUUUCCGGGAGCUUAAAAAAAGUGACAAAAUGUCGUUUCUCGACGGUGCUCCGUUCUGCCUCUUGGUGCUGCUUCUCACCGGGACGAUUCCUCUCGGCAUCGUACCGGUCGACGGCUCCGAGGAACCUGAACGAGACGAUGAUUCUGCCGAAAACUAUCGUCUUCCGACGGAUGUGCUUCCGAUGAGAUACACUCUCAAAAUAAAUCUCUUCACGCCAUCGAACGAGCAUCAAUACAAAACGUUUAGCGGCGAGGUGGAAAUCGAGAUGAACGUCGUGCAGGAAACGUCGACGAUCGUACUGCACAAUCGGUUUCUCGAAAUCUUGCCCAAUGACACGGAACUGCUCCAUGCGAACGGUUCGAAGGUGCACGUGCCAAUGACAUUCGCUUCAGAUCUGGAAACGGAGUUCUGCAGGGUGAAUUUGAACGGGAGAAUUCCGAGCGGUGCUUAUGUAUUGAGAAUGAAAUAUCUUGGAUUUUUCGAUGAUUAUAUGCAGGGACUUUUCACAGAUUCAGCCGUCAACGAUAAAAGUGAAACGGUAAGGUUCGCGACAACCCUAUUCUUCCCUACUCAUGCCAGACAAGCAUUCCCGUGCUUCGACGAGCCAUCGUUCAAGGCAACCUUCAAAAUAUACAUCACUCACCCCGAGGCUUACGAGGCCAUUUCCAAUAUGCCAAUUGCCAGUAAAAGAAAAAAACAUGGUACGACCGACUGGAUAACCGAGUUCCAAGAAACUCCGAAAAUGUCGACUUACAUGGUGGCUUUCACUGUUUUCUCGAACUUUACUAGUCGCUCCGGAUUAUACAAUAGAUUUAAAAUCUUUGCGAAGAACGAUCCAGCUCGUAUGAGCCAAUUCACUCUGAAUACGAGCUCUAGAGCACUUGCAGCGAUGGAAAAAUACACGGGAUUCGUUUCCGAAAUUCCGAAAAUGGAUAUUAUCGUCAUACCAAACUUGGAUGAUGAUUAUCAUGGGUACUGGGGCCUCAUCCAGUAUGGGGAAAAUUCGAUAUCGUAUGAUGAGCAUCACACGACCACUGAAGCCAAGCACUUCAAGGCUGUAGCAGUGUCGCACGAGUGUUCCGCCCAAUGGUUUGGAAACCUCGUGACUCCGUUAUGGUGGUCCUACUAUUGGCUCAGCGAAGGAUUCGCUACUUACUUUGGCUACUGGAUCACCGACCAGCUCGAGCCAUCCUGGCGGGUGAUGGACGAGUUCGUGGUAAAAGUUGUCCAAGAGUCGGCUCUGAUUGAUGACGCCAAUUACGAGGGUAAUUCUUCCAUGGACCUAACGGCGGAGAGGUUCGAUGAUUCUUACGAAGUGAAGGAAAAAGCUUUGAACCCUGUGACGUAUAACAAAGCUAGCGCCGUCAUUCGGAUGUUUGUCCAUGCCCUGAAACCAGCCAUAUUUCAAAAAGGAUUGAAGAAUUAUUUGAGAAAGAAGAGCCACCAAGUGGCUACGUCCGGUGACUUGGUCAGCGAAUUAGCAGCAGUCGGUCAACACCCUAAGUUCCUGAAGAAAGCACUGGUUUCCUGGACCACACAAUCUGGAUACCCGGUCGUCACAGUGACGCGAGAUUACAGGACUGGAAACAUUGCUAUAUAGCAAAAACAAUUUAAAACAACGGAAGGCGACAAGCGGAAUGGAAAGUGGUUUAUCCCGAUAAACUGGAUCACCCAACGUAAUGUUGCAAGAUUCUCGCGAACUGGACCAGCAAAGUGGCUUGAGAGAACUUGUCAGCCAAUGCUACUCUGCAGCUUGAAAAAAGACAGCUGGAUCAUCCUGAACAGCCAGCAAACUGGUUACUACCGAGUUAAUUACGAUGCCAGGAACUGGCAGUUGAUCAGCAAUUAUCUGAUGAACCCAAAGACGAUGAAAAAUAUCCACGUACUGAAUCGAGCUCAACUCUUGGAUGAUGCUUUCCAUCUCGUUGAUGGUAGAGAACUUCCGGAUGAAUCAAUUUUCUUAGAAUUGACGAAGUAUCUUCAGCACGAAGAAGACUACAUUCCAUGGUACGCAGCUAAUCGUGCCUUUGAAAGACUCAACCGUUUUUUGAAACAUACUGCAUCUUACGAUAAAUACAAGGUAAGGAAUUCCAGAUAUCUUAAGGCUUUAUUCGCCCACAAGUCCUCAAGUUCUUCUCUUGACCAAGGACAAGCGUAA